AGUUUUUGGAGGGCAGCACUGAGGAGCAAGAACAUAGCUGGGAAUGUGACACAAGAUCAGGAGAAAAGAGGUGGUGAGGCCAUCAACUCCCUCCUGCUGUGAAGGGUCAUCCGUGUGGGAGACCUGGAUGUGACUGUGGCUGGAUUUUCCACCCUAGGGUUCCUGAACUGUGGGGGAGCAAUUGAUGGGACCACAAUCCCAUCCACACACCAUACUAUUGAGUAGCCCAGUACAUAAAUUGGAAGGGCUACUUUUUCCGUUGUCCUGCAGGCCCUGGUUGACCAUCGGGACAAUUUACCAUCAUUUUUGUCGGGUGGUCGCGCAGGGCGCACGAUGCCCACAUGUUCAGGAACUCAAGCCUGUACCAUAAGCCAGAGAUGGGUACAUUUCCCCCCCUUCCCCGCCAGGACUUUGCGGUCGGGGAUGUGCACAUGCCUCUGUGCAUAGUGGGGGACGUGGCGUACCCCCUCAUGCCAUGGCUCAUGAAGCCAUACAUUUCCAGUACCACCUCACCCGCAUGGACGUAGAGGAGCACAACAUCCCCAGGGUGGUGGCAGCAUGUUGUGUCCUCCACAGUAUUGUGGAGCAGAAGGGGGUGAAGGGCAUACACCGACCACAAGGACCGAGUGUUCGAGCAGCCCCGGACAGCUGUCAUCUGCCAGGCCAAUCAGAUGGGGUAAGAGAGGGGGAGCAUCCGGGAGGCCCUGAGGGACAGGUUUUGUCAAGCAUCCCACUAACUCUCCCCAGAGCCUCCCCCAAUAGGGGCCUCUGGCUUGCUGCUUUAUCCCUUCCCCACUACAACCCCUCUCUUUGCCCCUUCCCUGACCUUCCAAUAAACACACCGGUGUGUCUGACAAAGUGCGACCACUCACCUGAAGGUCCCUCCCAAGCAUCCAAGGAGAUAUUGUGGCUCACAGGAACCAGCUCAAGGAAAAGGGUCACGGUGCCCAUCUCCUCCUCCUCUACCUCCAGCGUGGUCGGCUGGUCUCUGCUCUUCCCAGUCUCAUCUCCUCAGCUUUUGUGGCAAUUCCUCUUCUGCCAACCAAUCACUCAGUCUCCUGCCAGAAGAUGCCGGAAGGGUGAUGCUGUUCAAGCUUGGGGAUUGGGAGCUGUAAGUCUCAUUACUCAACAGCCACUGCUUGAUCAGCUGAAGAGUGAUUUAGUACAGCAGUUCCCAACCACCAGUCAGCCACGUGCUACAGCUGGAGCAGGCUGCUGUGAAGCUGACCCUAUUGGGGCAGGCUCAUCACAGCCCUGGUUCCAGCUCUGUGGCAGCCACACCGACUGGCUGGCAGGGCCACGUGGCAGGUGGCUGCUUCAGGGGGUGGGGCUGUUCCUAGAACAACCAGCCCUCAUGGUUGAGUGGAGCUGCUCCAGGGUGGCUGGGGCCUCAUGGUGGAGCAGGAUUCCUCAAGGAGACUGGGACUUUUCCAGGGGCCAGGGCUGGCCGGGCUAUGUGGCGGAACGGACUGUUCCGGGGGCCGGGGCUGCUCCGGGGGUGGCUGGGCUGCGUGGCAGAGCUGGCUGUGCUGAGCCCUGUCUGUACUGAGCCCUGAGGCCUGGUUCAGGGACUCCCUGGUAGGGUGACUGGGAUUGAGCAGGGGAUGCCACUACCCAGGUGUCUGGAGGGGGGUGAAGGGACAAGGUGGGAAAAGCUCUCUGAGCUGGAGUCAGCACCCCACCGCUUUCAGCCUAGCUUCUCCCUGGCUUGGUACCCCUUUUUCUUUUCUGUCCCUCCCUUCUUCUUCACCACAGCCCCCCUUCUCUUGCCCUGCCUGCUUUACCCCUUUGCCUCUCUCCAAAAAUUAUUGAAAACCAGUUCUAUUCUGCAAAGCAUGCCAACUGUUUAACAAUGUAUGAUUUUGAUCUUCUCAUGCACACAAUGAUAUGUAUUGUGUGUGUACAGAUGCAAUGUAAAAUGACGACGUGACCACUCAAAAUUAAUUGCCACAAUGAAUACUCAAAUAUGCAAAUAAAUUAAUUCCCAUAAUGAAUCCGCAAAUGUUUCAGUGAUGGUCCGCCAAAUGUUUUUGAAUGAGUUUGCCAGUCAGUGGUAUACAAAAGUUUGGGAAGCACAGGUUUAGUAGGUUUCCACUUGGUCUUGGAUGUUAGUUGGAAUUUGGAACCCUGCAGCGAUAAGGUUAAAAUAGAAGCGUUCUCUGUGUUCUGUGUGAACGACUGCCCAAUCCUGGCAAAAGAUAAUAAUAAUCCUGUUAUUCAACAAAGUGCAUUUUGUGGCAUGAACAGACACUUGUAUUGCUAAAAUGAAAGCCCAUUGUUUAAAAAGCAUGGGUUUUAAAAGCUGCUAUACCUCUCUUUGUGUCCAGAGAAUUCAAUAGAUUUAGACAGUAUAUAUUUUGAGUCUCUUGGCAUUUUACUUUUUUCUGGGCAGAAAUAAAGGAGUGAAGCAUGUCUGUAUCAGUUUGUUUUAUUGCCAGUCAUGUAAAAGGGCAUAUCUUAUUAUUUUAUCUAGUGGUCUGGCUAUUUCUAAUGAAAGGUUGCCAUUGUGACUUUUUCUGAUCCUUUCACUUUUAGUUUCGGGCCUUCUCUUUCCUGCUAGAAGAGGAUUGUUUUGUUUUUAAUAUUGGGGGUGACUAAUGCAUGUGAGUUAUCCCAAGUUGAAAGCACAUUCAGGACAAAACAUUUUAGUUUUAUCCUGAGGUAAACUAGGUGUGAUGGAGUGUGGUAGCUGAGUAGUUAAAGUGCUCUACCAUAAUUCUAGAGGCUCUGAGUUUGUCAUGUGGGAACGCUGGCUUAAGUUCACCCUGCUGCAAAGUGGGUGCUCUGACCCAUCUGGUUAGGGAAGCCAAAGGUGGUCAGAUUCAGCAGCCACAUUCCUCCUUAGUCUACUGCUGCUAUAGAAAUCUUAAACCGUGUCAGUUUAUGGGGCCAUCUUUGGCUUGAUGCAGAAACUAGGGGAGGUCAGGGUCAGAUAGAGGUAUAAUGCCGGCAUUGGUUAGCUUGCAGUAAAAACUAAAGUGUCUUGUCUUUACUGUUUCCACCUCAGGAUCACUCCCAUGCAUUAGUUAUCCCCAGGUAAAAGCAAACUUUUUUUUUUCGAAAUUAGAGCCAAGACCUUAGUAUAAAGUGCUCUUACUAUUUUCCUCUUGGUGAAACUUAGCUCUGGUGCCUACACAGAGACCUCCAAUAAGACAUAUGGUCUGCGUGUCUACAAGGGAACCAGCCACACAAGCCUUGGAAGGCAGUACCAAAUAGAAUUGGGGACAUUUGAGUACAGGGGAAAGAUAAGGAGAGGCAAUAGAUUAUGUGACUACAUACAUUCAGUAACCCUAACAUCCUGUGGGUAGCAAUCGUGUCCCUAGCCUCUGUUUGUCAAAGGCUGGGAAUGGGUGACAAGAGGAGGAGGGAUCACUUGAUGGUUUCUGGUCUGUUCAUUCUCUCUGGGUCACCUGGCAUUGGCCACUGACAGGUGACAAAAUAUUGUGCUAGUUAGACCUUUGGUCUGACCCAGUAUGGCCAUUCUUAUGUUCUUCUGGGUUUUGGAGCCAUUUAUGUAUGUAUCUUGAACAACAGCUGACAAGGGGAUGCCAUGCACACUGCCAGAGUUACAAUUCAAUAUCCACCUCUUAGUAAGGUCCCCACACAAACCCUAGUUGAAUAGGUGAUUUUGUGCAAAAGGGUGUGUUUCACCCCUCUAAACUAGAAUGUUCAUGAUCAUGAUUUUGCAUUCCGUGGUAGAUUUGAGCAUGUUCUCUUUUGCUGAUUUGUUGUUCAAUUCAACAUGGUCUGUCAAAACAAUGUCAACAUUAUCAGCUGAAAAAUGUAAUUGACUUUCUGAUGUUUUUCAAAAAUAACAUCACUCAAGUAAGAUAAUCUGUUAUGACAAACAAAUCUAGCAUCAUCUUGGCUACCAGUGAUUUUAAGUAUUGUGAUAGCUCUUCAUUUGAACAUUUCAUCCCAAUAACUUCAAGCCCAAUAACUUCAAGCCUAACCCCAUGUUAUUAUUAAACUCAAUAUCUGUAUAUUUGUUACUGAUCCAAUUCUAACAAACACUGUACUUCUGUCAGUGAUAUUAGUGCAUGAGUAGGUUUUUUAUUUUAAAUUGCUUUCAGACCACUGGCUCAGUUUUGCCUGCAAUUAAAAUGAUGAUUGUAAUUCUAUGGUUAAAAAGCAUAUUUUCUAUGGCUAAAAAGCAUACCCAAAAGUUCAUGCAAAAUGGCCUACAUCUACAUGCCCAGUACAGCUAAUGCUGUUGAAUGAUUCCCAAGAGUAUUUAACAAAAUGUUCUAUAACCAAGAACUUUCAAUCAGUGUUCUUUUACUAAAGGAGCACAGUGGUCUAAAAUGAUCUUUUUCAUUGUGGUUUUGAAACCAUUCUCAUUUGACUAAACCCUAAGAUGGUCUUUGACACCGUGGCUGACCAUUCUAUCCAUAAUGAGCCUCUAAAAGCAAUGUUGUGCCUGUCUGUUUAUUUAGGUGAAGUAUUUUUGUUUAAUUAUCACCAUGUUGACAAUCCUGACAAGCAAGUAUAAAAAUGUUGUGGAGCACCAUUUUCCUCUGAUUGAAUACAAUAACGAUAUAUGUGUGUUCCUGCCGUCCACUUGAAGUUGCCUCCGUUUUUUAAAUAAAUUU